AUGGCGUUCAUUCGGAAUUUGGCACAGUCCCGGGGCAUUGGACCAAUGUCUUCUGACGUGGCGAGGUCAGAUGAGCCGUCAGCUGCAGUCCAAGGCCAACGGGAAAACGGGAAGGUCCCGAGGAGGAAGAAACAUCAGAACGGUGGGGAGGCUACAGAGAGGCGGCGGAACGCAUCAGAAAUCCAGGCCCAAAUCGAGAGCCUGACCAGGGCCGGGAGCCAGGCCCUGGCUCAGGAGCGUUGCGGGGAGGCCCUGACCGCCUUCAAGAAGGCCUUCCUGGCUUCGCUGGACAUAACAGAGCAGCAGGUGCAGAAGGCCUGUGCUUUCAACCUGGGUGCGGCCUACGUGGCCUCUGGUCGCCUCGCCAAGGGUGUGGACUUCCUGCACCGCUCGCAGCCGGACAAGGGCGGGGAGAGACAGGGCGACCUGCACUUCAAUCUGGGCCUGGCCCACGAGGGGCUGGGAGACUCGCUGGCGGCCAUUGAGCACUACCAGCAGGCCCUGGCCCACUACCAGAGCCGGCAGGCCCAGGGCGAGGCGGACACCCACAUGAAGCUGGCUGGUUGCCAGGCCCGGGCCGGGGAGCUGGGCCAAGCCGGCCGCUGCUACCGCAGGGCGGGCCUGGCCUACCAGCAGGCCGGGAGCCCGGAUCUGGCCGCUGUGGCCCUCAAUGAGGCCGCCUGCCACAUGCUGCAGUGCCGGCAUUUCACCGCCGGGGAGAUCGCGGAGGUGCUGAACGAGUGCCGGACCGUCUGCGCCAACAUCCAGAACAAGGCCCUCCUCGGGAAGCUGUACAACGACGUCGGGCUCAGCUACUCACAGCUGAAGAUGUUCCCCCAGGCAGCCGAGUGCUUCCAGGCGGCCCUCCCCUACUGCCAGCAGGGGGGCCUGGAUCGGCGGAAGGAGGCCGUGGUCCUUCAGAACCUCGGCGCCGUCUACAACACCUUGGGCGACUACAGCAAGGCACUGGGCUUUCACCAGAGCGCCGCGGCUUUGCACGGUUCACUCGGAAGCCGGAACGCUCAGGGCCAGUGCUUCUGCAACCUGGCCUAUGCCUACAGUCAGCUGGGAGACCACGAGGACACAGCAGAGAACUACCUACACGCACUGCAGGCAUUCAAAGAUACAGAUGAUUUCCACGGACAGUGGCAAGCUUGUGAAGGUCUCGGAGCUGCCAAGUUUCGCCUGGGAGAUCCCGAGAAAGCCAUUCUUUACUACAAGCAGGCCCUAGCUGCUCUGGGGAAAUCCCAGGAACCCAGUGGGUCAGCCCAGGAAAGGAUUGUAAACAAACUGACAGAUGCCAUUCAGUACAAGCUGUCCCUGAACAGUGUGUUGCCCCACGCCAGCGGUAUCCCACCCGCCAUGCCUUUGAAGUACCUACCUGGAAAUUUCCCUCGAACAUUGAAGGCUCCCGCUCCUGUCACCCAUGGACCAACAAACAGGCAUCAAAUGCAAAUAAUUCAACAGGGGGAGAACCGAACAGCCCCCGAGCCCUCCAGCUACCGGAGAACACAGCAGGUCCAGCGGGGAAGCUGCCAGGAUGGGUUCACUUCACGAGGACCUGCAGGCCCAGGCACCUCUGCCGCAGACACCGAGAAUUCGCUCAGCGGGGACCUGGCAGGUAAGGAGCAGCCGCAGAACUUUGGAUCUCUCACGUUAUCUACUUCGAUAAACAAAAGUCCCUCGCUGUUAUCAUACUGUAGAUUUGGUGGCCUCCUGGUGAGCUUGCUGCAGGUGUACCAGGCUUUGGUGAGGCCACACCGCGAGUGUUGUCUGCGGUUUUGGUCUCCUGGUCUGAGGAAGGACAAUCUUGCUAUUGAGGAAGUCCGGUGA